AUGUCGGCUGGCUUGAUCCCAACUAAUCCGGCAGACCUCAUGGUCAUCCGCAAUGUCACUCCCAACGUCACCACUUUCUCUGUGCCCUUUUCACGAUUUGGCAAGCUCAGCAUUGGCGGCCGUGGGACACUUGUGAGACUCACAUCUGGCGCACUCGCUGUUUUCUCUCCCGUUGCCCUCACAGAAGCAACCAAGACCAGAGUCGCAGAGCAAGGAGGCCGCGUAGGAUACAUCGUCGCCCUCGACUUUGAGCAUCACAUCUUCAUCUCUGAAUGGGCUAAGCAAUACCCUGACGCCAAAAUUAUCGGUCCAGAGGGCCUUCCCGAGAAGCGCGCGACGCAAACCAAGGACCCUAAGAUCGAUGACGACAAAUUCUCCGUUGUCUUUACCAAGAAUGGCAAGCGUGAUAUCAAAAUCAGCGACGAGUUUGACGCCGAUUUCGACUACGAGUAUGUUGAUGGCCACGCCAACAAGGAACUCGUCUUCAACUACAGGCCAGACAAGACCCUUAUCGAGGCUGAUCUCCUGUUCAAUCUGCCUGCUACCGAGCAGUACAGCAAGGUGCCUGCAUCUCAGAGACCAAGCGGCUUCCUCAACAAGCUGUUCCAGGGCGUGCAACACACCUACGGAGAUGCUACAUGGCCCAAGCGAAUUAUCUGGCAUGGCGCCAAGGAUCGCAAUAGCAUGAACGACAGCCUAAGAGUCAUCAACAAGUGGGAUUUUACAACGAUCAUUCCUUGCCAUGGAGAUGUCCUUGAGGGUAAUGGAAAGGAGAUAUUCCAAAAGAUGUUUCAGUGGAAUUUGGAGGGGAAGAAAUAA